AUGUUUGUUUCUAGAGUAUCGCGGUUCGGAACUCAGAUGGUCAAGCAUCUCACAAAAGGUACAUUGACGUCUGCACCAAAGACAGGAAACUUACCUAAAGUUUUCAAUUAUUUUUUCCAUUCUCUGAAGCAUCAAACUUUCUCUACAACAACCGCUCAUGAGGAAGGAGAUAAAGUAGUUGAAGAAAUUUCUGUGACAUUUGUUGACAAGGAUGAAAUGGAGACGCAUAUUAAGGUUCCCAUUGGCAUGUCCAUGCUAGAAGCUGCUCAUGAACAUGACAUAGAACUUGAAGGAGCAUGUGAAGGAUCCUGCGCUUGUUCAACAUGUCAUGUGAUUGUGAGAGAUAUGGAGUACUAUAAUAAACUCGAAGAUCCAACCGAUGAGGAAAAUGACAUGCUGGACCUCGCUUUCGGGCUCACAGAGACGUCUCGACUGGGUUGUCAAAUGACUGCAAAACCUGAACUUGAUGGAAUAUGCCUUGAACUGCCCAGUGCAACACGAAACUUUGCUGUUGAUAGGUAUGCCAAGGCCACAUAG